AUGCAGACUGCUUCUACAAACAUUUGUGAAAGACUGUGCAAUAAGUCCAUCCGUGAAAUUUCCUUACCACUAAAUAUUCCACGGUCAACUGUUAGUGGUUUUAUAACAAAGUGGAAGCAAAUGGGAACAACAGCAACUCAGCCACGAAGUGGAAGGCCACGUAAAAUGACAGAGCGGGGUCAGCGCAUGCUGGAGCGCACAGUGCGCAGAAGUCGCCAACUAUCUGCAGAGUCAAUAGCUAAAGGCCUCCAAACUUUAUGUGACUUUCAGAUUAGCACAACAAAGCUUCAUGGAAUGGGUUUCCAUAGCUGAGCAGCUGCAUUCAAGCCUUGCAUCACCACAUGCAAUGCAGAGUGUCAGAUGAGAUGCAGUGGUGUAAAGUAAACAGCCAGUGGACUCUAG